UUCAUUUCCCAGGCGGCGCGGCGGCAGGGGAGGCGACGUCCGCCAUCUUAGCGUGCCCUCCUCCCGUAGUGCGGCUGGAUUGAAUGAGCCCGUCGCCCGCCUGCCCGCGAAGAGAGCGCCAUGUCAGGCACCCCGAGCCGCGGCACCCCCGGCGGGACCCCGCUGUCGCCGACUCGCAUCUCCCGCCUGCAGGAGAAGGAGGAGCUGCGGCAGCUGAAUGAUCGCCUGGCCGUCUACAUCGACCGUGUGCGGGCGCUGGAGUUGGAGAACGACCGGCUGCUCCUGAAGAUCUCGGAGAAGGAGGAGGUCACCACCCGGGAGGUGAGUGGAAUCAAGAGUCUCUAUGAGUCUGAACUGGCUGAUGCUCGAAGAGUUCUGGAUGAAACCGCCAAAGAGAGGGCUAGACUACAGAUUGAAAUAGGAAAACUGAGAGCAGAACUUGAAGAGUUCAACAAAAGCUACAAAAAGAAAGAUGCAGAUUUUUCUGUGGCUCAAGGUCGCAUUAAGGAUCUUGAAGUGCUGUUCCAUAGAAGUGAAGCGGAACUCAAUACUGUCCUGAAUGAAAAACGCACUCUGGAAGCAGAGGUGGCUGAUCUGCGUGCCCAGCUUGCUAAGGCUGAAGAUGGUCAUGCUGUUGCUAAGAAGCAGUUGGAGAAAGAGACACUCAUGCGCGUGGACCUGGAGAAUCGGUGCCAGAGCUUACAAGAGGAUCUGGAUUUCAGGAAGAAUGUGUUCGAGGAGGAAAUAAGGGAAACAAGAAAACGGCAUGAACAUCGUUUGGUUGAGGUAGACACUAGUCGCCAGCAGGAGUAUGAAUCCAAAAUGGCUCAAGCCCUAGAGGAUCUGCGAAAUCAGCAUGAUGAACAAGUCAAACUGUACAAAAUGGAGCUAGAGCAGACCUAUCAGGCUAAGCUGGAGAAUGCCAAACUUGCCUCUGACCAAAAUGACAAAGCCGCUGGUGCAGCUCGGGAAGAGUUGAAGGAGGCUCGCAUGAGAAUAGAAUCUCUCAGCUACCAGCUUUCUGGCCUUCAGAAACAGGCUAGUGCAGCAGAAGAUCGCAUUCGUGAAUUGGAGGAAAUGAUGGCUGGUGAGCGGGAUAAGUUCAGAAAGAUGCUAGAUGCCAAGGAGCGAGAGAUGACAGAAAUGAGGGACCAGAUGCAGCAGCAGCUUACAGAGUACCAGGAACUGCUUGAUGUUAAAUUAGCACUGGACAUGGAAAUCAGUGCUUACCGAAAACUCCUGGAAGGAGAAGAGGAAAGGUUGAAGCUGUCUCCAAGUCCUUCAUCCCGUGUUACAGUCUCUCGGGCUACCUCCAGCAGCAGCAGUAGCGGUACUUCAGUUAUUCGCUCUUCCCGAGGCAAGAGAAAACGGAUUGAAGCAGAGGAACUUUCAGGCAGUGGGACAAGUGGAAUUGGCACUGGAAGUAUUAGUGGCAGCAGUAGUAGCAGUAGCUUCCAAAUGUCCCAACAAGCUUCAGCUACCGGAAGUAUCAGCAUAGAAGAGAUAGACUUGGAGGGCAAAUAUGUUCAACUUAAGAACAAUUCAGAGAAGGAUCAGUCUUUGGGUAACUGGAGAUUGAAGAGACAAAUUGGAGAUGGAGAAGAAAUUGCUUACAAAUUUACUCCAAAGUAUGUCCUCAGGGCUGGGCAGACUGUAACAAUUUGGGGUGCAGAUGCAGGUGUAUCUCAUAGCCCCCCUUCUGUUCUCGUGUGGAAGAAUCAAAGCAGCUGGGGUACUGGAGGAAAUAUCCGCACAUACCUCGUAAACUCUGAUGGAGAGGAAGUUGCAGUGAGAAGUGUUACUAAAUCAGUAGUCAUGCGAGAGAAUGAGGAGGAAGAGGAUGAAGCAGAGUUUGGAGAGGAAGACCUUUUCAACCAACAGGGGGAUCCCAGAACAACCUCUAGAGGAUGCUCAGUGAUGUGAAGAGAGAAAAAAGAAAACUAUUAUUUGCUACUUUUAUUUCCUUUUUCUUUUUUUUUGCUAAUUUUUUUCCCUCCAGAGCCACUGAAAACUAUUUUUAUAUGUAUCAUCUGAUUUCUUUAAAGUUUACUCCUUGGUACAUUUUUAUAAAAAAACAGAAAAAACCUUAAACGAACAAAACUGCCAGAAUUUUUAACAAAUUCCUUUAUUUUUCCCUCUUUGUUGAAAACACUAUAUACUGCGUUUUGCCCCAUACAAAGUUUAAGGUCUGAUGUACAAAGCUGCAGUGGAAAAGAAAUUCUUAGCUAAAAUGGGACGGGACUUCUUGAGGGUGUGAUAAAACUAUAACUAAUGUACAUAUAACCUUGAUAGCUUACCAAAAAGUAAAAGAAGUUAAAAAAGCGCAUUCGUGUGCAGAGCGUCGGGAGAGACUCAAGAUAGUGCUUCCUCCAUCCUUCAAGAAAUGAUAGUGUCUUACUGGUAUCCUCAGUGGUGCCCAACUUAGGAAAAUUAGACGCCAAAUUCAUCAGAAAUGCUCCUCCACCAGCGGAAGUGACAAAGGGAAGUUGCAUUUUAAACAGGUCGUGGCAUAUUUUCUUACUCCAAGUAGGAUUUGGCAACCUGGUGGUAAGGACAUCCAGAUCCUUUUAAAACUUUAGCUCCUUAUUAUUAUUAUGGCAGGUGGACAACAAUGGGUUCUGCUUAUUGAAGAUAGACACCAUCUUAAUGCAUUGAAGUGUGAAAACCAGAAUUUUAACUAUUGCAUUUUUAGGGGAUUUUGACAUUGUCACAAAUGAGACCUUGUUAAAUCGUAAACGCAAGUUGUGGUGUACAGUGGUUAAAAUGUUGAGCAUCAUGGUUUAAUGUUUUUGAUGUAUUUGACAUUAAACAAUGAUUAAGAUUUUAGAUGUUAAAAAUAUUUUUACUUUUGGCAAUGAUAAAAAUUUGGGACUUUAAAGGUUAUCCUGUGUAAAUGUUGAAUUUUUUUUUUCUUUUAAUCAGAGCUAGAUGCAGCUUGUUCAUUCUUCUCUUAUUCAAAGGGACGUUGUCAGAUAUUUUAAGAAACUAUUUGCAAAAUAGUACAGAAAUAUUUUAAUGAUAUUUUAUUAAAGUUAACAGGAAGUGCUGUUGGUUUGAACAUAACCACUGCUUUGCAGCAUUCAGAUGCUCAGAGUAAACUCCAACAGUGAACAAAGUGAAUAAUGCUUUUUAUGAAGAAUGCUUUAUAUUGGUAGCAGAUGUUUUUUAUUUCAAUGUGAUGUCUUUUGUAUCUGACAGUGCCCCUUUAGGUUAAGGUUUCCUCUGCUGUAUUUCCGUGGAGGUAACUCUUGCCUCCUGGAAGGUUAUUCAUGCAGUAGUGCAUCUUAAAAAUGGAAGAUGCUUGACUGCUCCAAAGAAUGUAUUGGCUAAAGUAUAAGCAAAUGUUCGUUUGGGUACCAUUUGAUACCAGCACAGAAUCCUGUUGUUACCUGCGCUCUUGAACUCUGAUCUUGCUAUUCAAAUAGUUUAGACUCAUCAAACAGGCUACAAGGUUUGGAUGUUUUCGGUGGCUUUCGGAUGUUAUGUUCUCUGAACAAUAUUAUGACUGACAGAUAUAACCUAGAAAGUCAGUUUAGUGGCUUUGACUGAUGGCUUUGCAAUGCAAGUAGGGUGGGAAAGCAAGCUACUUUUUUAAAGCUUAUAGAUUUAUUUUGUCAUUUAAAAAUAAAUCUAAGAUGCUACUUUCUUCAGAAGUUCGAAAACACUUGGGUGGGAUGAUUGAAUUACUGAAAAUAAAUGUUAAUGAAAUUUAGAAUUAUGCUUCAAUGCAUAAUCAGAAGAUCCAUUAUGAAAAAGCAGUAGGCUGUUUGGGAUAAUGGGAUAAGUUGGUCAUUUUUCUAAUGUCAUUUCCCACCUUGUAGAAGGCUAAAUAUGUAGUAAAUCAUGUCUCUCUCUCUCUGUAAUAUGUAUCUAGUGAAAUUAUGUUUCUCAGACAUACUGUUAUCAAUUACCUUUUCUAAAUUUGUUGUUAUGCAAAUGAAUGCAAUCAAUGUAAAACUGUCUUUACAAUGCACCUUCCAGCCACUGGACAAGCAUAUUCCUUUCUGACCCACAACUUCUAUAAUACAUUUUCAUAAUGUUUCAGGGGGGGUUGUGUGUUUUUUUUUCCUUAAGAUCUGUAUUUAUUUGUUUACAUUGGCCAGUUUCCAGAUUGCUUGUUUUGCUUUAAGAUUGUCCUGUAGCUUAAGUACUAAAGCAAUGAAUGUGCAGUUCACUGGAGAAUCUUUUUUUUUUUUUUUCAGUGAUUUCUUUCUGUAGAGAAUGGGCUAGAAAGGCAGCUUGAAUGAGGAAGGACCUCAUGCUACCUGAGCCAUAGUUUUCUUAACAGCUACUGUAUGGAAGAAUAUAUCUUCUUGUAGCCCAUAAGGACCAGAUCUUGUUUGAAUACUGUGCCCUUUAGUAACAGUCUGCAGAAUUUGACCCUGGAUUUGAAUUGUUUCCUGUAACUUUGGAAACACUAUUUUCUUCUUCAGUGCCAUGUUUAGAUAUAUACAGGUGUUCACUGGCACUGUGGGAAGAGCUGAAUAGAACAGACUAAAUGUGGGUGAUUCUGUCACCGUAGUGGUUUCUGAAAGGCUACUUAAAAUAUGAGAAAUAAUUCCUAGCUGUAAAUUAGAAGACAAACUACUGUAUUCCACUUCCUGUUUGCAUUUAUGUCUGUCUUAUUUAGACACCGUUCUUUCCAUUUGCUUUUGAUGCUAAGUUUCCAUAUAACUGCACUAUCAGUUAAAAGUUGGUGCUCUAUACUGGGAGGUUUUUGGCUAUAGCAAACCAGAGAAGCACUGCCUCUUUUUUUCUAUCUUUCAAGGAUUUUUAAAUUUAAUUAUUUUCAGUAUAAUUAAAGCUUUUUCUUCAAAUAAAAUCCAGUGUCCCUAUGCCCUGUUUUCCUAUUUCAUCCUGGAAGUGAACCACUCUUGAGGAAUCUGGAGAAUCAUCAGCAUUUCUACUCCAGUGUCUGAUGUCAGGUGUAGAGCUUGAAAAAGAAACAGAUUUGACUUGUCAGAAAACAUGAUUUUGAGGCUUUUCUAACUAGGGAAAUUAACCAGUGUAUCUUACAGCAGAACAGUUCUUUCAGUGUAACUCCCCAUGUGGAUGUUUUUAUUCCAGAAAAAUAAACAACUUUAUUCUGGAUGAAGUAGUAAAAGUCAUCCCCUAGAACUAGGUUAUUCUUUUCAUUGGGUAGAUUAUCAACAGAGAAUGAUACAAAGUACUGCUAUAUGUGUACCUAAGUUCUUGUGCUGUGUGAAGAAGCUUGUGUUAGAAGAAAUCCAGCUUUCUGCAGAACCAUUUGUAGCGUGGCAUCCUGCAGAGUGAGAUAGGGUUACACAGCCUCUGUCAUUCAUGCCACUUGCUUUCCCUGUGCUUCUGUAUUUGUUACUUUAGCUGUUGUGUUGUACUGACUUCUGAAAAGCAGCUCCUUAUUCCAAGCAAUAGAGUAUCUAUAAUUCCUUUGUUGCUGCACAGCUUUUCUUCCCAGUGUGUCUACUGAGGUUAGUUCAGGACUCUGGAUUUGCCCCUGCAAGAACAAUAGUUUACAGCAAUGCAUUGAUCAUUUGUCCUCAGCACUGUUUUGCCAUUAGAUGGGAGUCUGCUGGCAUAAAUAGCGUUAGUAGCAGUAACCAAAAAGUCUCAGGAAGAAAAUAAACAUCUGCUUCCCAUGGCCUGUAAUGGAAAAGCCAGACUAGCUUGUCUGCAGCUUGCAUUUGCCAUGAAAAUUGCAUCGCAGUGUGAAGCAGAUCAUACUGUGAAAGGAGAUUCACUUAACGUGCGUGUAUAUCCUUGAGCAACAUGACACCUCAUGUUCAUUUCAGGGGGGUCUUUUUUUAUACACCUUCUUCUAAGCUUUUAAUGCUCAUUCUGUAUAAAGGCCCUUUACCUGCAACGUGAAUAGGGGUUGGUUAGAAGAGGCUCUUAGAAAUCCUCUCUGCUCCCCCAAAAUGUUUGAGAAUCUGUUUCUUUUGUGUGUCAAGCAGAUUUCAGUACUUGUUGCAUGGUGUAUGUUUUAUGUUUUGUAGCUACUUCUCUCACUUCCUCACUGUUAAGCCAUUUUAUUACUACUUUCUUUAUCUCCUUUUGAAAGUCUUAUCUCUAAACAAAGGCAUAUCCAUAUUGGAUACUGGAUUUUAUUGCCACUGUUGGGUCCAAACCCAAAUGAUGUGUGAGCAGUGAACAAAGCCUUGUUGUAGACCAGUGAGUGGAAGGUGAGAUAGUGAUUGCAUUUUUUAAAGCGUUAUUUUAGCUGAAUGUGAAGACAAAUCACCUUAGAGAUUUUCUUUUGUCUAAUACAUAAAAUGGCCUGGGAAACAGAAUUUUUAUUUGCCCUUCAAUAUGCUUAGCUUUAAACCACUUUAAAAUAAUGUAAAAGUGUUCUUUUUUUUACAUAAGACCAUAUUUACAUGUGAUUAUUAUUUGUAAGCAUAAUGCCUUUCUUGAAAUGCUAAUGUCUAGAGAGUGAAAAGGAUGCUUAAUUUUGAAAGACUCAGUUCAGAAUAGUGCAAGCACUAUAUUGACUUGGAGAUCAGGAAAAGGAAAUGUACUCUAUUGAACUUCCAAAACUUCUAGUUACUUUUAAUGAAGUAGUGAUUCUGUGUUGAUAAGGUAGAUGUUUUUGUGUAUUCCAGCCACCCAGAUCAUCAUUACACUAAAACUAUAAGCAAUAAGCUAUUUUAAACAAGUUUAAGCCAAAAGGCUUUACAUUUGGGCACAAUGGUACCAUUUUCGUUGAACUCUAUUUUCAUAACAGUGAUGCCUUGUGACUUGAAUUGUGACUUUUUUUUAAACACAAUCUUAUUUAGAUAGCUCUGUUUUUAGGUCAAUGGUCAGUUUAACUGGCCCUCUUUGGGCAGCUGCUGCAAAAGUUUUUGGAAAGUUCAAGUUUUUAAAAUCAGGAAUUGUGAAAAAAUGUUAUAAAUAAAAAGACAAAAUGAUGGAAACGUUCAUGUGGAGCUUAAGAAGACUACAUAAUGAUCUAGACUUUAUCAUUUCAAAGGUUUUUUUGUUGUUGUUUUUAAGAAUAUGCAUGCCAAAUGUCCUGUCUUUUUCAAUGAUUUGUAAUAUACAUUUUAUGACUGGAAACUUUUUGUACAACACACUCAAAUAAAUGUUUUGCAUUUUA